AUUUUAGUUAGUAACGAGAUUUCGAGCGCUCAACGUUGACGUCGCGGUUGAAAAUCGAAAAUCGGCUAAAAAGCUUCAAUACAGUGCGUACUCCCUAAGCCGAACGAUCCGCCAGUGAGUGUGUGACUGUGUGCGGGCGCAGACAUGAAGUGAAUAAGAAAUUGGAAAACCACUAAAAUAUAACAUAUAUGUAAAAUAUAUUUGUUAAAAAAAGGCAAAAGAAAACGCAAGAAACGUGGGUAAGGCCAAAAGCGAGGCAAAAACCAACAACAACAGCAACUCGGCUUAAAUCAGAAAAUAUUUCUUUAAGCCCAUCGCGCGCCUCAAAUCGAAAAAGCGCGAAAUAUUUAUUUCGGCCCCAAACUAACAGAAAUGCACAGAACAGAGAAGCAUUCAGAGGCAUCCCAGCUGAGACUCGGCCUCGAAUUUCAUCAGGAGGAUUCCGGAACAGAUCUGCAGAUGUCUAGGAAAAAAUGCAAUAAUAACCAGCAGCGGCGGGGUCGUCGGAGGCGGACGGAUUGGGAGAAUUUCAUUGGAAUCCAUGGGUCCAUCAGCCUGACUUUUGUCAUGUUGGCCAUUUGCAUGGCCCACACGUCGACUGCCGUGCCCGCCAUAGAAAGCAGCAGCGCAUCCUCCACAGUCGUCACGGUCGCGGUCACGCCGAGCAUCGCGGCCAGCAGCUCGAGCGGCGGAAGUGCCGGAUUCUACGGCCUCGCAGGCAGCACCACGGAGUCCUCGGCUUCCCCGGAACAGCAGCAGCCCCAGGGCCAAUGCCUGCAGGACGGACUUUGGGUGGCCGAAACCGCGACCCGAUGCGAAUACCAGACUAGCUGCCGUGCCAUCCAGCGAACUGGCCACUGCUGUCCCGAUUAUAAAUGCGAUUGCGAAAAGGAUGGCAAGACUUAUGCCAAUGGUGAUAAAUUGGUUGCCCCGGACACACCGUGCACCGUGUGCUACUGCAAAGGCGGCGAGAUUGUUUGCAGCCCGGUGACCUGUUUCCGUCGUGACGAUUGCAUGCCCAAAUAUGUGCCCGGCCGCUGCUGUCCGGAGUACGACAACUGUCCGAUUCUCGACAACAAUCCACCGCUGGCCAGCGAACCUGUGAGCAGCUCCACCACCUCCACCCAGAAACCGGUGGCCUUAGCUCAGCCGGCUGGAUUCAACUGGAACAUCACUAUUAAGGAGAUAACAAAGCCGACGGAGAUCCGGAUAACCGAUGACAACAAGGCUAAGCCAUCGUUUCCUACAAGAAAGCCCAGCACCUCGAUGCCUACAACCGAGGGACCUGCUCCAUCAGUGACCACAGGCUUGAUAGAUAGCACCACAGCUGGAGCAACAGGAGCAGCAGUCACUACAGCAUCACCAUCCAUCAGCAGCACUCCUGCAGCAGCAGCAACAUCGCCAGUGCCAGCAGCAACACCAACGGACACGCCAGCAACACCAACGCCCAGCCAAGACAACAACCAGAAAGCACUUCCAGGCAGCAGCGAAAGCUUAAAGCUCAUCGCCUCGGUGGGCUAUAUCGAAAGACCGCAUUCUCCGAGCAGCAUCGUGGAGCAACAGGUGAAACCAUUAAUAACCUACCAUUCCGAUGGACUGCAGCCGCUGGCGGAGAACGAUCCCAGCAAGGUUAAUAUCAAGAGGGAGUAUACUACUAAGGGACUUACUCAGAGCACCAAGAACUACGAGGACUCUGUGCCUUUAUUCCUUCAGAAUGGUUUUAAGGAGUCCUCCUUGGUGGAGUCUUCCGAUGGGGAACUGGAACCUGAUACGGCGGGCAGUGACAACAUUUACCACAUCAUAUCCACAACCGAGGGACCUGGAAACAACGCCAAAGUAACCACCGCUGAUCCAUUGAGACUUCGAGAAGUAUCGACCACCAGUCAAUCCAUCAUCAACCGUAACACCACCAAGACUGCAAUUGAAAUCAGCACAGAUUCUCCUGUAGUAAGCAGUGAAAUGCCACCUUCGAGCUCCACCCACAAUAUUGAAGUGGAUGACGAUGUACCCCAAGUUGAGUCCAAUCCGGCCUAUCCCUCCCUUCCAGAAGACGACUUUAGUCUGCGAGAUGUUAACUUUCCCCUCGUCGAGUUGGAGGAUGUACUCGAACCAGAGAAGGAUGAGCCUAGAAGCAUACCCAGUCCCUUUGAAGUGAACCACAAGCGAGUGAAAGGAACUGCCGAAACAAACUUGGAUGGCAGCGGCAGCGGAAGUGGUGGUGGCGACAUAGAUCUCUACCAGGAUAAGUCCUCCACCACUGAAGGAAUGAUGGCGGCUGCCUCAUCCAUACGGGAGAAGAGCGCAAUGGUACCGCUGCUGAUGUACAGUGGCGAGGAUAUAUCUGGGGAGACCCGCAUCCAAAAUGGCAGUGAUUUGCAGCUGGAGAAGAUCAAUCAGGGCGAAGAAAUGGAACUGGGCAGUGGGGAGGUCAGGGAACCCAUCACCCCCAAAACCAACUCAGUGUCUACCUUGGAGAUCGAUGAGCUGGGAUCGGGAGCGGGCCAGGUCGGUGGUGUUGAUCCCAAAGCCGAUGCCGAAAGCCUGAAACUGGACGAGAGUCAAGAAACUGUGGCCAAGACCAGUUCACUGGACAAAUCCUCCUCAUCGGCGAGGGCUGAAAAGAGCUUUGUGGAAAGAGCCCUACCACUGGGACGUCUAUACCUGCAGCGGAUCUACUGAAGACCGCCGGCUGGAGUUGGUUUACUUGGAAGAUGAAACCUUUUAUUGUAUAUACAUACACCGUAAGGCCUAGUAGCUUGGAAAAGCAAUGAAAAUCCAACGAUUCAAGUGAGCAAAGUGUUAGGUUUAAGUAGCCAGAAAAAGGGGAAGAAGAUUUACGAGUAUCAUUUCCAUAGACUGCAUACGACGACCUUUUGAAUUUAUCAAUCUUACGAAAGUAAUCAUAAACUUAUGAUUAGCAAAGCUGGGCUCCCCAAAUGCAAUAACUAAAUGUUUCAUUAUCGGUUCGCCCUCGUUGCGCAAGCCAAGGCAAUCCCUAUUGCUUAGUUAUAUUUCUUAUUUAUAUCUAUUGACCUAAGUGCACAUAAAAAGAAAAACAUUCAACCAAUCAUUGCCACGCCCACAAUCGGAAUUCAUCGAAUAAGUCGCAACAUAUACGAGAAGGAGAAAUUUUUAACUUGUUUUAUCUCAUCAUGAUUUUAUUUAAUUUGUAAUUUAUUUCAUAACGAAUGGAAAUGAUUUGAAAAAGUGAAAAGUGAAAAGUGAACCUAUCGCUCCAGCGGUUGCUAAUUUUAAAAUGCAAUGGCAAACUAUAUAGUCCUCUUUAAUUUGAAAAGCUUUUAAGUUUAGACUGAAUAUGGCAAAGUUUUAAUUUAAAGCAAUUUACAAUUACUCCUACUUUAACCAUAAUUUAUAUACAUUAAACUAAUUUAAAUUUGACAUCGAAGUGAAGAACACUCGCCCGAAUUGCAAAACUAACGAGAUGAGAAAAGUGUCAAAAUAUAAACGCAGUCAUUCUUUAGUUAGUCCAUAAUAUAAACAAUUACCUAUAUGAACAUAUGAACAUAAUUUAUUUAGGCGAUGAUCGUGCACACUAUCACACACAACCACACAGAUUUCUUGAGAUAAAGUAAACUAUAUUAUGAAAAUACUUUAACUAGUGUAAAUUUAGAUUGAAGCUCAUUUUACAAUGUAUGAACUAUGAAAUAAAAAUGAGGUAAUUCUAAACACA